CGCUUCUCGACGCCGAGCCCCGCGACUACAUUUCCCAGCAAGCCGCGGGCCGCCCGCGCGCCGCAGUUGACCCAUUUCCCGGCCCGUCCCGGGCUCGGCCGGCCCCCGCGCCCAGGCGGCUGCUCCCUGCUGACUGGGGUGUGGGCGGGGAGCGGCGGAGGCAGGAGGAGGCGCUGCUGGCCGCCGCCGUUGCCUCCGCUGCUGGGCGCCUGGGCAGCUCCCGGGGUUUCUGCGGCCGCCAUGGACGAGCAGGCGGGUCCCGGUGUCUUCUUCAGCAACAACCACCCGGGCGCCGGCGGUGCCAAGGGUCUCGGGCCUCUGGCGGAGGCUGCCGCGGCGGGCGACGGGGCGGCUGCGGCGGGGGCGGCGCGAGCCCAAUACAGCCUCCCUGGGAUCCUGCACUUCCUGCAGCAUGAGUGGGCCCGCUUCGAGGUGGAGAGAGCCCAGUGGGAGGUGGAGCGGGCGGAGCUGCAGGCCCAGAUUGCUUUCCUUCAGGGGGAAAGAAAGGGUCAAGAAAUUUUGAAGAAAGAUCUUGUGAGGAGGAUCAAAAUGCUGGAGUACGCUCUUAAACAGGAAAGAGCCAAAUACCACAAGUUGAAAUAUGGAACAGAAUUGAAUCAGGGAGAUAUGAAGCCGCCAAGCUAUGAUUCUGAUGAAGGUAAUGAAACAGAGGUACAGCCACAGCAAAACAGCCAGUUAAUGUGGAAACAAGGUCGACAACUACUCAGACAGUAUCUACAGGAGGUGGGUUACACAGAUACCAUUCUAGAUGUGAAAUCUAAACGAGUACGAGCUUUGUUGGGCUUUUCAAGUGAUGUCACUGACAGGGAAGAUGACAAAAAUCAGGAUUCAGUUAUAAAUGGCACAGAGGCCGAAGUUAAAGAGACGGCAAUGAUUGGAAAAUCCGAGUUAACAGAUUCUGCCUCUGUGCUGGAUAAUUUCAAAUUCCUUGAAAGUGCAGCUGCAGAUUUCAGUGAUGAAGAUGAAGAUGAUGACAUUGAUGGAAGAGAGAAAAGCAUCAUUGAUACUUCAACGAUUGUUAGGAAAAAAGCAUUGCCUGAUAGCAGUGAAGAUCGAGAUACAAAAGAAGCUCUAAAGGAGUUUGACUUCUUGGUUACAUCAGAGGAAGGAGACAAUGAGUCUAGAAGUGCGGGUGAUGGAACAGAAUGGGAAAAGGAAGACCAGUGUCUCAUGCCUGAAGCCUGGAAUGUGGACCAGGGAGUAAUUACCAAACUCAAGGAACAAUACAAAAAGGAGAGAAAGGGGAAAAAGGGGGUGAAGAGAAAAACUACCGAAGAUCUGUUUCAGCCUCUAUCCUAUAUAAAACAGUCAAAACAGGGAUGUGGGAGAAUGAAGAACCAAAGCUCAGGGCCCAAUAGGUCAAAACUACAAGAUAUGCUUGCUAAUUUGAGAGAUGUUGAUGAACUUCCCUCAUUGCAGCCAUCUGUGGGUUCACCUUCCAGACCCACCAGCUCCAGGCUUCCUGAACAUGAAAUAAAUAGGGCGGAUGAAGUAGAAGCAUUGACCUUUCCUCCUUCUUCUGGGAAAUCCUUCAUCAUGGGAGCAGAUGAAGCCCUUGAAAGUGAACUGGGACUUGGAGAAUUGGCAGGCCUUACAGUGGCCAAUGAAGCAGAUUCACUAACUUAUGAUAUAGCAAACAAUAAAGAUGCAUUAAGGAAGACAUGGAACCCUAAGUUUACAUUACGAAGUCACUUUGAUGGCAUUCGAGCCCUUGCUUUCCACCCCAUUGAGCCUGUUUUGAUAACAGCAUCAGAGGAUCACACAUUAAAAAUGUGGAAUUUGCAGAAAACAGCCCCAGCCAAAAAGAGUACUUCUCUUGAUGUGGAGCCCAUCUAUACAUUCAGGGCUCAUAAAGGUCCAGUGCUUUGUGUGGUAAUGAGCAGCGAUGGUGAGCAGUGCUACAGUGGCGGCGCUGACGGGCUGAUCCAGGGCUGGAAUACCACCAACCCCAACAUCGAUCCCUAUGACUCCUAUGAUCCUUCUGUUUUAAGAGGCCCUCUUCUAGGCCACACCGAUGCCGUCUGGGGCUUGGCUUACAGUGCAGCACAUCAGCGCUUAUUGUCGUGUUCAGCAGAUGGCACUCUCCGUUUAUGGAGUACAACUGAGGUUGCUCCAGCCCUAAGUGUAUUUAACGAUAAUCAAGAGUUGGGAAUCCCUGCCUCUGUGGAUCUCGUGAGCAGUGAUCCGAGCCAUAUGGUAGCAUCAUUCAGCAAAGGAUAUACAAGCAUCUUUAACAUGGAAACACAGCAGCGCAUUCUCACUCUAGAAUCUAACCUAGAUUCAACCAACUCUUCCUGCCAAAUAAAUAGAGUCAUCAGCCAUCCCACUCUUCCCAUUAGCAUCACAGCUCAUGAAGACAGGCAUAUCAAAUUCUACGAUAACAAUACAGGCAAACUCAUCCACUCCAUGGUAGCCCACCUAGAAGCUGUUACAAGUCUAGCAGUCGAUCCUAAUGGCUUGUACUUGAUGUCUGGCAGUCAUGACUGUUCAAUACGUUUAUGGAACCUAGAAAGUAAGACGUGUAUCCAAGAGUUCACAGCUCAUCGGAAAAAAUUUGAAGAAUCAAUUCAUGAUGUAGCUUUCCACCCAUCCAAAUGCUAUAUAGCCAGUGCUGGGGCUGAUGCACUGGCUAAAGUCUUUGUAUGACACAAUGCAUCAUCUUCACCUUCUAGCUCUUUAUAAAUAAUCAACUGCACAAAAAGAGAUACAGAAGACCAGGGCAAGAAUCAGCCUGUCUUGCCCUUUUGUUCUGCUGAAGGAGCACAGAGAACAUUUGUUAAAGUAUAGUUUUGCAAUUCGUAUACUGUUUUCUAAAACUGAGGUUUGUUCAGGUUGCUGCAAGCUCAGCUGAAUCUAUGAGCCUGAAAACGGUUUCAAAUUUUCCCCCAAAUAGGAGCUUUUAUUUCUGAGUUUGUUCUAAUUCGCUAGGCAGGCCUGAGCGAACAUAAGUUUAGCUUGUCCCUCUUGAGUAAAUAGGGCACGCUAUACAGGACAAUUAAAAAGCUUGAUGACUGGGAAUGAGUGGAGGAAGAACAGAAAUUUAGACCUAGUUCUCCCCUGAGAAAUCUUGUUAAACACAUUAGGUAGUCAAAACAAUAAUCUUGACCAUAUCUGCUGUACUAACCCCUAAGUGCAUAAGGACCAGGCAGUGUUCAAAUGAGAUUUUAAUUUAGCUCUUCUUUCAUCUGUGCACAUAAAGCACCUGGCAAAGCAUUUUACCUGUUAAAGAAAAAAAAAUGCAAUAAUAUGUUAAAUAUAUUAUUAUUCAGAAAUACAAACAAAUAUUUAGUUUGUAAGCAGAUUUCUAUAUUGUAUUACAUUUUUGAAAAUAGAUUUGGUAUCAUUGUAAAGUUUAGCUGUCAAAAUCAGUCAUCAUUAUGAAUAGUUGGUAGAGUCUGCUUUUACUAAAAGAUUUAACUUAUUCAGGUUUGAGAUUCUGUUUAUUUUUAAGGGCAAGCAGGGCAUAUCUUUAUAAUAAUUUCUGUUAAUUUUAAAAAUUCACUUUAUUCAUGUGAUAUUUAUAAUACCAGAGUGGUUAUCUCAUAUUGAUGAAAUCUUACCUUUCAGUGGUUUGAAAAGACAGAAGUUAUCUGUGAGUACUCAUUUGUCAAAACCCACAUAUCAUGCUUCAGAUGACCUCUUGCUCUUUCUUUGUCUCUCAUACUCAAAUUAUCUGACAUCUACUGAAAAGAGUUUAUAAUUAUUAUGUUUUAACAGCCCAGAGGGUUUGGUUAAUGUCAGGCAGCUGCUUUUGCCGUACUAAAUAAAGCCAACUAUUUUGUACCCCAGAAGUCCUCCAUUGAUAUAUCCAAGAAGGGGAAUCCCCCUGGAAAUCUGGAUGGAAGAGUUCAGUGCAUAACCAUAAGCUAAAGAGUUCUCUUUCUCUCUUCCUCCACCUACGCCUCCUCCAUUCUUUAAUUGGAAUACACAGCAUGUUUUAAUAGGCAGUGUAUCAGUGUUGUUUCUGGGGAAACAGCUAUCAUAAAGAACCAGGCUUCCCUGAGCUCACCUCGCCCAUGGCCCACAUGUGGCAGCUCUUGGGAUUCCCAUGACCCCACUCUUUGCACUUGAUGUAUAGACCUUAUCCCUACAACUGUCUCCCUGUCUUUACAGUCUCUUGUUUGCCACAAAUGUCAGAGACCAAUGUAGAAAUUAGAAAUAAAUACUAAUGCCCGAUGUUUCAGCAAAAUGUAUAUGUAAUAGUUCUCAGAUUUAAAAAAAUCCAUAUCCAUAAAUAUUUUAACCUUUUAAUAUAAUUCCUACAUUCCUAUCCCCACAUAUUCCAUUGUCAUAACAACACUUCGGAUGAUAUGUGAUCUACUCCUUGAAAAUGUAUUCUUGUGAUAUGGAUAUCAAUUGACAAUUUUUCUUUAAAAUUUCUGUUUUCUGCCUCUAGAGUUUUGCAGUAUACAGGCAAAUUUUCUUUAAAGAUGUGUGCUAGAUUUGCCGAUAGAUAUACAGAUAUGCUUUAAUAUUUUGACACAGCUACCUUGUCUUUACUCUGUGCUUUGGUUAACAGUGGGCUCAAGGGACUCCUUUGUAUAAUCAAAUGACUUGACCUGGACUUGCGCUACCAGGUGAUUGUUUAUAUUAUUCCCAUGCAGAUACAGAAUUCCACAUUUUGUUUGGUUCAUUCCUUUUUUGGUUCUUCAGUGAGUGAAAAAAUGGUGUUGCUGACCUAACAUUUAUAGAAGGAUACUGGAAAAUUCCAGUCAGGUGCCCUUACUUGGAGUGUUUAUGACAGAUGAAGAGAUUGUUCUACCAGUUACUACUUUAAUUACCUCCCAAGGUCUUCAGUGCCUGCUUCACUUUUGUCACUGAGAUUCUCAAAACCAAGACAUUCUCUUCCCCUGCAUUUUAUACCUCAUGGUUGAAAUUUUUCUGUUAGUGAAAAAUGACCCAUGAGAUAUGUAGACUGUAGUGCAGAUGAUGGAACUGUUGAAAGUUCUUUAGCAAGCCAGUGCCGUGCCGUUGGAAACUGUACACAGAAACAGAGAUUCUUCUCUACUAGCACUGUGUGAUCUCAGCCUAGAAAUGAGCCAAAGCUGUCUUCCAACCCGAUAGAAGCAUAGACAUGUGUCUGAUUUCCCCCCCAGCCUAUCGAAAAUUUAAUGAAAAUCCACAAAAUGAACAAAUUCAAGAUUCAAACCAUCAUUGAAAUGCUUUCAUAGUGCUUGGUUUGUAAAUAUUUCGGAUGAAAUAUAUUGGAUA